AUGAACUUAAAAAAUCUACGGUUGGCGACUAGUCCACCUUAUCCAAUGAAUCUUAGGGCACAAUUAAUAACUUUAUGCUGUAUUGUGUCCAUUAUAUCAUUACUAAUUUUAUCUAUCAGUACUGGUGUUUACUUCACAAACAAUUACAAGAGCCUACGAGCUGAACAACUAUUCAUCGCUGCACAGCUGAAAUCUUCACAAUUAGAUCAAUCAUUAAAUUAUCUUUAUUAUCAAAGUAUAUGGUUCAGAGAUAAUGAUGUAUUAACAGAUGCUUUGAUUCGUUAUUUUUCUGGUAAUAAAACAACUGAAAAUUGGGUUGAAAGUAUAAGUUCCGUUAGUGCAUUUCUUACCUCGUCAUCAAUAUUUUCUAGAGCAACAAUUUAUGAUACAAAUUUUAUGGAAAUAUACAACGUAUCAAAUAAUGGUACAGGUGCUCAUAUACCAGAUGACAUUAUAAGACAAUUAACACCUUUGUCAAGUGAUGAACGAUUACCAGCCUCUAUUGGAACUAUUGGUUUUUUAACUGACCCAGUUCUCAAUACAUCUAAUUAUUUGAUGUCACUCUCUUUACCGAUAUUUGGUAACCCUUCCAUUAUAUUAUCUGAUUCAAGAGUUUAUGGCUAUGUCACAAUUAUAACAGGGGCUUCUAGUAUUGUUGCGGUUUUUAAUGACACGACAGCGUUGGAAAAUUCGAAUGUUGCUAUUAUUUCAGCUAAAUAUCGAAAUUCCACUACAUACGCAGAUGGUUAUCAUUUUGUAUUUCCACCAUAUGGAUCUGAUGCAAGCGUGAUUGAUAUAUUUUAUCCACUAUCUAACAAUAGUUUUCUUUUUGAUGCAUUUACGGAAGAUACCACUGGGUCAGUUUCUAGUACAACCUUUUUUUACAGUAGUUUAGUUGCUGUUGGUUAUUCAACAUGUACAUUUUCAUUAGCAAAUUGGGUUGCAGUUGUGUCACAACCUGAAUCAGUGUUCACUUCAUCGACGGUGAAAUUAACUAAAAUUAUAUCUGGAACUGUUGUGGGCAUUGCUGCAGUAGUAUGUUUUGUCACUUUCAUUAUGUCCUAUUAUAUAGUGAAGCCUAUAAUAAAACUAAAACAAGCUACGGAACUCAUAUCUAGAGGAAGAGGAUUGAGGCCGUAUUAUGAAAAUUUAAGCGAUAGAACUAGUCAAGAUAAUACAAGCACGCGUACUACCAUAGAUCUUUCAGAUCUCGAUGGCUAUACUAAUGAGAAAGAGAAAAGCCUUCCAACUUGUACAGAGGACGAGCGUUCCAAAUCUUUGUCAAAUAUAGCUUCCAAAUCGAUAUUCACUACAUUAAGAAAAAUUUUAGGGUUUUCUUCUCGGUCUGGAAUGCUGUCGCCUACGUCUACUAAUUUUAUUGUUAAUAAUGAUACCAAGACUGUAAGAGUACCAGUCCAUUCUACAUAUAUAACAGAUGAAUUAACAGAGUUGAAAGAAACUUUUAAUAUAAUGGCAGACUCUUUAGAUGAACAUUCUAAUCUGUUAGAAGAAAGAGUAAAGGCUAGAACCAAAGAAUUAGAAGCUGCAAAAAUAGUAGCAGAAGCUACAAACGAAGCUAAGACUGUCUUCAUAGCUAAUAUUUCCCAUGAAUUGAGGACACCGCUAAAUGGUAUUUUGGGUAUGACCGCUAUCGCCUUAGAAGAAGAUGACAAUGAGAAGCUUCAAGGUAGUUUAAAAUUAAUUUACCGAUCUGGUGAAUUGCUAUUGCAUAUAUUGACAGAAUUGUUAACUUUUUCUAAAAAUGUCUUACAGAAGACAAAGUUAGAAAAGAUUCAUUUUUGUAUUCACGAUAUUGCCCUCCAAAUAAAGUCAAUAUUCGGUAAAAUUGCGAAGGAUCAAGGUGUUAACUUUUCAAUCUUAAUUUCUCCAAAUUUGAUAAGAACAAUGGUAUUUUUUGGUGAUAGUAAUAGAAUCAUUCAAGUCAUUAUGAAUUUGGUAUCAAAUGCCUUAAAAUUUACGCCAAUUGAUGGGAAUGUUGAUGUUAGAAUUAAACUGCUCGGGGAAUACGAUGAGGAAAAAAGCAGUUUAAAUAAUUAUGACAAAGUCUAUAUAAAAGAGGGUACUAGUUUCACUGGCGACAAUGAUGCAAUUCCAACAGAACCCAUAUCGGAUAAAAUAUCUUUUGCAGGCGGGUCUUCUUCCAUACAUGAUUAUUGCUCAAAAACUGAUGAGAAUGAUAAUAUCAAGACCGAAAUUAAGUCAGAUGACUCAACAAUUUCAGAUUAUUCUGAAGAAAACAUAAUGGGAUCAUAUUAUGAGAACAAAAAUCCUGGCCAAGAGCUAUUAGGUGUACCUAUACCCAAGCCCAAAAAAUGGGUAAUAUCAGUGGAUGUUGAGGAUACUGGGCCAGGUAUAUCACCAACUCUUCAAAAGUCUGUAUUUGAGCCUUUUGUUCAAGGUGAUCAAACAUUAUCUAGACAAUACGGUGGGACAGGUCUAGGUUUAUCUAUAUGCAGGCAGCUCGCUUCAAUAAUGCACGGCACUAUGGAAUUAGAUUCAACAACUGGGUUGGGGAGUAAAUUUACCUUUACUGUUCCCUUAUUACAGGAGAGAAAAAUUAUUUUUAGCGAAACCGAGAAAGCUUUUGAAGACGAAUUCAACUUCAAUAGUAAGAAGAAUAGAAAAGUGAACUUUAAAACUGAUAAAGUAACUUCACGUGGCAUACCAUCAAAAGCUGCUGAAAAAAAUGAUGAUGCAAAUACGAAUGGUCAGACGACCUUAAAUGCUGAGGCUAAAAGUAAAACUCUAAAACCAACACAUAUAACUAUUAGCGAAGAUAAUAUCGACCAACAUGAUUUUAAAGUCCUUAUCGUUGAAGAUAACAUGGUCAAUCAAGAAGUUAUAAAACGGCUAUUAAAGUUAGAGAAAAUUAAGACUAUUGAAUAUGCUGUCGAUGGCCAAGAAGCUAUCGACAUCGUCAAAAAGAAAAUAUCAGAGAAAGAUAAAUUUGAUAUAAUCUUUAUGGAUAUCCAAAUGCCUAAUGUUGAUGGCCACACAGCAACAAGAGUCAUACGUAAUGAAUUAAAUUAUCCAUAUCCGAUUGUUGCUUUAACCGCAUUUGCAGAUGAUAGCAAUAAAAAAGAAUGUGAAAACUCAGGAAUGAAUGCAUUUUUAGCCAAGCCAAUUAAAAGAUUUGAACUAAAGGAGAUUAUUAAAGAAUUUCAGAAUCCACCAAAUGAUUUAUAG